AUGUCCUACUAUGAUGUCGAUUCCAUCCUGACAGAUGCCCAGAAAUUACCGUGUACGUUUGAGCUUGAAGUGCCCGGCCUGGGUGUUUUAGAGGGCAAUCCGGGCGAAAAUAUAAAAGCGGGAACCCGCAUCGAUCUCCCACUAUGGCUGGGCCAGAUGCUGUCUAUCGGGACACGAUUGGGAACAUCCCGUCUGGUCACUCUUGACCUGCCCUCGGCCUUAUCCGAACGGGUCAUGAAUGCACUGAAAGCUGAUCCGCGCACGGUGGACUUGAGAUCCCUAGCACCACAUUUCUAUAACUUGAGCGAAAGGAUCCUCGAGCUGUUUGAGGAGGAAGAGAUGGUGGAUAUCUUGAGCGACACGUUUAAAAAACGCACUGCGGAGAUCGCAGAUCAUGCACACAACCCACGCGGUGCUGUGGGUGAGGGUGUCGAGUUCCUGCGCGGUCUGGAUGAGACAGAGCGACAGCUAUUCCGGGUUGCGCAUGAUAGCGCCAAGGAAGUGCGCAUCUGGUCUGGCGAGGCAAAGAAGAAAUAG